GAAGAAGACGGGCUCUCUCAGCUUCCGUAUUUUUUAACCGUAAAAGGAAAACUCAGUUCGGUAUAGAAAUACAAAUUCUAGUUCAGUUAGCAUGGAGGAGGAGGUUUAUGAGAGCAAGGAUGAGUGCAGGACGCCGAGGAGGGAGGCCUGUAGGAUACCAGUAGUCCCUCCGUGUCCACCGGCGCCGAAGAAGAAGAAAGAACCGGUGUACGUGAAGCGAGACCCGCCUAAGAACGGGUUCUUUCAGCCGCCUGAGCUAGAGGCUCUGUUCACCGUAGUGCCGAGAAAGAAACCGUGCGCCUGAGAACAGAAAUUAAUGCCCAUUUUGCGCUGUGAUUACUCACGUAUGUAUAAUAAUUAAGGUCUGGUUUAGGCUCUGAAAUCAUUAGCAAACAAGCAUUAUAAUUCUUAGUUGCUUUCUUUUUUCUUUUUUCUUUUUUUCCCACAAUGAAGCCAAUUAUCCCUAAACCGACUACAUACUGCAUAUUAUAUGUUAUACAUACUGCAUGUUAUAUGUUAUGCGUGUGGUUCAAACUCAAAUUAUUAUUAUUAAAUUAUUUAAACUAUU